AUGCAUCAUCAUCACCACAGAGGGGACAUAGUGUUUGCAAGGGUUCAAUUCCCUCACCAAUGGUGUCCCGCACUCGUUCUCCGUUCCGACAACCUCGGCGUCUUCGUCUCCUUCUUCGACGACAUCAUCUCACCCUCGUACUUCGUGGAAUCCGAGGUUGUCCCCUUCGAGGAAGCAUUCCCUUCCCUAAUGUCCCGUCACAACAACAGCUAUUACAAAUGUGACACGUUCCGCGCGUCGCUUCACUCUGCGCUCAGGUUGUUGGGUCAGAGGGUGAUUUCGGGUUUGCGGUGUCGCUGUCAAAUGGGGCAGACACAGAGGAAGAGGAUUGAAAAUGGGUUUGGUGGGUCGGGUUAUUGUUUUGACCCGAAUGGGGUUUUGGGUUUUGUUUUGAAUGCAGCUGUUUCGCCUUGGGUUGAGACCCCUCGUUUUGUUGAUGCUGUUAGAGUUGUUGCUCAGCUUCAUGCUUUUCGAAGUUAUUGUUCUAUUCAGCAGAGGAGAGUGUACAGAGAAACCCAAAAAACAGGCUUGAAUGUUAAAAGAUAUACAAAGAGUAUGUCGUUGCCCCGCCUGACAAAGGUGAAUUACGUGAAUUGGAGUAUCCAGAUGAAGGUGUUGCUCGGAUCCCAGGAUGCUUGGGAUGUUAUUCAUGACGGUUUUGCUGAACCUGCAACCACUGCAGGAUUUACAGCAGCUCAAACCAAGGCGUUGAAAGAGACGCGUGCGAAGGACAAGUCGGCCUUAUACAUGCUUUUCCGAGCUGUAGACGAGUCCGGAUUUGAGAAGAUAGCAGGAGCAACGACGUCUAAGGAAGCAUGGGACAUCUUGGAAAAUGUCUAUAAAGGUGCUGACCGAGUAAAGCAGGUCCGACUUCAAACUUUACGUGGCGAGUUGGAAGGCAUGAAGAUGAAAGAUUCAGAGGGUGUAUCCGAGUUCAUCACCCGAGUUCAAGCCGUGGUGAAUCAGUUAAAGCAGAAUGGUGAGCAGAUAUCAGAGACUAGAGUUGUUGAGAAGAUUCUGAGGUCGCUGACCGACGACUUCGAAAAUGUGGUAUGUGCAAUUGAGGAGUCGAAGGACUUGGCUGCGCUUUCUGUUGAAGAGCUAGCAAGUUCCCUUGAGGCGCAUGAGCAGCGCAAGAAGAAGAAAAAGGAGGAGUCGCUGGAGUCCAGUAGAGGUCGUGGACGAGCUGAACGUGGAAAUGGCCGUGGUGGUCGUGGCCGAGGUCAUGAGGUGAGAAAUGAAGAAAGAGCUCAGUCGAGUCAGAGAGGAAGAGGACGUGGCCGAGGUGGAAGAGGCCGGUGGUCAAAUCAAACAAAUGUGGAAUGUUACAAGUGUGGCAAGUAUGGCCAUUACUCAAGAGAUUGCAACUCGGACAAGUGUUACAACUGUGGCCGAGUUGGGCAUUUCGCUAAGGAUUGCCGAGAUGAAAGAAGAGUUGACGAGGCUUCAAACCUCGCUGUAGAAGGAGAUGGAGGAGUUCUUAUGCUAGCCCAUGGUGAAACCAGUUCAAAGAAUGAGACGGAGUGGUAUUUGGAUACCGGUGCCAGUAAUCACAUGUGUGGUUACAAACACUUGUUGAAGGAGUUGAAGACGGUGGAAGCCGGACAUGUCUCUUUUGGAGACGCGUCCCAAAUUAAAGUAAAGGGCCGAGGUACGAUCUGUUUCUUGCAAAAGGAUGGACGAGUUGGUAUAAUCCGGGACGUGUAUUACGUGCCCGAGCUCAAAAGUAACAUAUUGAGCAUUGGACAGCUGAUGGAGAAGGGUUACUCGAUUCUAAUGACAGACCGAGUUCUACUGUUGAAAGAUAAACAAGGGCGUCUGAUAGCCCGAGUUCAGAUGGAAAAGAACAUAAUGUACAAGCUGAGUCUAAGGAGCAUGGAGGUCGGCUGUCUGCAAGCCGGGGUAGAAGAUAAGAUGGACUUGUGGCAUAGACGGUUUGGACACCUUCAUUAUGGUGGUCUGACCGAGAUGAUGAAGAAGGACAUGGUAGUGGGACUACCGAAGAUUAAUUCUGAAGGAAGAUUUUGCGAGGACUGCGUAUUGGGAAUGAAGGAUGGUAAUAAUGUGAAGCUGCGUCCAUGUUCAUCUAUGGUUCAGGAGAUGCACCCAGUUACUCUUGACUCUGUUGCUUUGGAACCCAAGGAAGAAUAUCAGAUCAUCUCCAAAUUGGGGGAGAAAAACAUGGCUACUGUUGCUAUAAAGGGAAUGAAGUCGACAGAUUCUGUUCCUGAAGGAGAUUCUGAACACUUGUUUAAGAAUAAACUUCUGAUUGUUCCAGAGAUUCCAACUAACAAUGGCAAGAAUGAACUUGUUAUACACUCUCCUGCUUUAGAUCCAUUUUACAUGGUGGGAGAAAGCCUAAAAUCUGAAAGGCAUAGCCUUCUGAGAUUUAAGAAUAUAUCAGACCCGGGCAUGGUUGAUAUCUGGUUUGGAAACUGUUCUACGAUGAGUGAAAAUCAUUUCUAUGUUCCUUCCAAUUUUAAGACUCAUUUGAGAAACUUUAUCAAUAAAAGAAAAGACAAUGCGCUAGAGUUUUGCUGCAGAUUGUCUGAUAUAGAAACCACUAUAUACCUCACCAGGAAAAGAAGGCGACUAGAUGAACCUGCUUCAUGUGAUGUUUUUCCUCAAAUUUGCAGAGUUCAAGAAACUGAAGGGAAUGCAUAUAUCUCAAAAUAUACCACUACCAGACCUAGGAUCUCACACAUCAAGAUGCUUGAACCUGAAGAAAGUAGCCAGAAAGAUAAUCAGGCCGGCACAUUCUUUUGUGAAACUAACAUGAAUUUCACUGAUGAGGUUCAGAAAAUGGAUUUGAAAAGAAGUCAAAAUUUGACUUUACAGGAGUCUUUUACCUGUGAAUCAUUGUCUAACUUAGUCCUUGGCUUCCAUUCUUAUAACUGUGAGAUUGAUGCUAGUGCUGCAAAAGUUAAGGGUGUAUUAAGAUCUAAUUCUUCUAUUUACCAGAAGAGGCUGCAAAUAAGCUGCAAUGGUGAUACAACAGCUCUUAAGUCAAAAAAGUCAGAAAGCGUAAAAUUAUCUCCUGUGGAUUGUUUGGUGGAGGGUAAGGAUUGCUACCAACGUGUUGCUUCUUCUUGUUCAAUAUUCAAUUCAAAAGUUGGACAGCAAUCAAAAACACAUGUCCCUUUGUCUUCUACAUCUUUGUACAUGAAGUUCCCCAAGAAUUUCAACCUUCCAUCAAAGGGACAGCUAAUAAAGAAGUUUAGUGUAUUUGGCUCAAUAGAUUCUUCAAAAACAAGAGUCUUUUGGUACACUGGCUCAGCUAAAGUGGCAUUUUUCCAAGAUGUUGAUACAGUUGCUGCAUAUCUAUAUGUCAAAAAGAAGGUCUGGUUUGGUGAGGCUAAUGUCCGGUUUUGGCUUGACCCUUUUGAGCACAAAAGAAGAGGAUUCAAACGUUUUGCUCUGAAGUCCCCAUCAGCAAGCAAACCAAUAGGACCACCGCUAAAAUCAUGUCUGAAAAAAUCCAAUCCCUCGGGACAGGAAAAUAGUAAGAAACGUUACAAGGUAAGAUUUACAAUAGAAACUUAG